AUGCUCCCCACACACAGAGCACGCCGGGCGCUUAACGCCCCCGACCAAUCCCCUUCCGCCAUCCGCCAGCCGUUGGUGACGGUCCUGACGGGAACCGGGACACGGCCGCAUCCCUGCAAGCCCCGACCAACCACGACCCUGGACGCCGAAGAGGACAGGCGCUUAGCAAAGUUAGGUGACUGGGGGGGGAGCACUGUAGUGUACGCGACCACUUCCACAACCCAUGCAGCGCCCGGGAUUCCGGGUCAUACCAUGGCCGGAUCUGGCAUAGCGGCACAGGCUGCUUUUGCUGCUUGGGACGAAGGGGUGGAGGAGGGGAGGUGA